AUGACCGAUAUAUAUCCCCGUGCCGAACUGGUGCUGGCAUGGACUGGGCCUGAUAAGGACGACAUCCUGGCCCUCCUUUUCCAAUCGAUAGAUAUGAUCAACCGUGCCGUUGAUGCCAACGAGGGGGUUCUACCCAAGACGGGCCAAGAGGCUGUGGCCAUGUUGCGGACUUGCAAUGCGCUUAUGCUUAGCCGAGAGACCGGCCCCGACGCCCUCAACCGAAAGGCUGGCUCCGGUCUCCUCAACCCAGAGGUUGGCUCCAGGGAAUGGCUAGUGAAACCCUUUUGGGGAGCCGUCUGUGAUUUCCUGCGCCUUCCGAACUGGAGACGGGUUUGGAUCUACCAGGAGAUCAUCCCAGCGCAGAAGGUGGUCGUCUGCUCAUCAAGCAUGACUUGCCCAGCGGAGCCCAUCGCAUCCGCCAUCCAACUUCUCCGUCUCGUCCACGACCACAUACGCCAAAACUACUUCGAUCUAGACAACAACCUGUCGGCCAUGACGAAGUUGAUACCAUCGGACUUCAGGAGCCUAUCCGGUUGCCACGGUAUUUUUUCCCAGUACCAGGCCCGCAAAUUGGACCCCGAAUCACACUCGACGCUUACGGAUUGCGAGCUCAUGUUUGGGUUCGGCUGCGAAGCGACUGACCCCCGCGAUCACGUCUUUGGCGUAUUGAGCAUGUGUACGCUAGAUUUGCAACCCGACUACGCCAAAUCGUUCAGUGAGGUGCAGAUCGAGUUUACAGCUGCAUUGUUCCGAUCCAAAGACAGAUCGUUUCGGGCUGGAGAAGAAACCCACGGCACUACCCUCUUGGAGUUGCUAUUGUAUGGCGCAACCCCCAAAAUUGCCGCUAUUCAAGGGGCACCAUCUUGGGCCCCGUUUCCGAGAUGCGAACGCAAUCCAUCACCAUACACUGAGCGCGGAACUAAUACGGUAUUUCGACACGCCGAAAUACUUGAAAAUCCCUCUGUCGACGGUCGAGCUCUGUGUCUCCAGGGAACACAGCUGGGUGUCAUACAUUGCUUGUAUGAUCUGAACAAGGAGCAACACUCUUCUGAAAUUUCCCAGGAGCGGCUCCGAGCUGUCCUUCGGUCGAAGCUUCUCCAGAGACCCAUCGAGAUCUACACUCUUCAAACGAUGGCGAGACUGCUUUCCACGGGGUUUCGCGGGGCGUCGGGAUAUGAGGACCUAUAUAUGUUCUACGCGCUCGCCCUGCUCACGAAUGUGGCCGGUGUCGAGGGUGACGGCACAUUUCAUGACCAUGUCCUUUCCAUCAGAGGGGCACUCGCAUCCCUUGGACUAGGCCUGGACCCAGAGAGCUUCUUCGAGUCUUUUUGCAGGAUGUUUGGUACUUCCAAGUACUGCCAGAAAGAUAGUAGAAUAAGGGCUACGUUGGAAGACAUAUGGUAUCAUUCCAACACCGAACGCGGAUAUCUGGAUCACAACAGAAGUUUAGAACGUCAUAUGUGUCUGCGGCCACCUCCCAGGGGCUUCGAACUUGCCGAGAUGGACGGUGGCGAGUUCGGAAACCGACAGAUAUUGGCCUCUAAAGACGCCCAAGUGAGCGAUUCGAUUUGCGCAUUCCAUGGAAGUGCAAGACUCCGCGAGAGUGCCUGUUCUUGGCGGGGCAAACUGUCCAUACCAGACGAGAAUAACUCAAGCGGUGAGGACAUUUCGCAGCUGCUACCUCUCCCGCGAGAGAAACUGUCCGACAAGCGCGGCCUUGGGCACUUACUCGCGGCGCUGUCGCUUGAGGUAUUGCCAAUGUCACCACCCGAGACGGUCCAGGAACGAGGCAGGAGAUGGACAUUGGGCGAUAAGCAUAACAACGGGGCCGGCUCAUCCAAACGCGCCGUCUCGAUUCAUGUAGAGCAGCACUUGAGCCCAAUUGCGACCGUCCUGGAGCGCUGCGCCAUCGACGGUGCAACGCCGGGGUAG